AUGCCACAGGUUCAGAAGUACCCUGGCCCCGACGCACCUAUUGUGCGAAUGAUUGUCUUGGAAACAGACACGCCGCAUCCGGACACCCAUGCAACCAAAGGCAGCUUCGGCGACAUCUUACAUAGUCACUUCCAGAAUGCCGGAGCCGACCACGACCCUCCACUCGGCGUUGACACCAAUCAGAGAUUCGUGGUGGAAGAAAAGGGGGGCAAAGUCCCUGCAUUUGAGGAGUUUGAGGACUAUCAGGGAGUCUUGAUCACCGGAAGCAUGUAUGAUGCACACGGAGAUAACCCCUGGAUUUUAAAGUUGCUCGACGUCCUGAAAGAACUAUGGCAACGGAGACCUGACCUGCAUCUGAGCGGUGUCUGCUUUGGACACCAGCUGCUCAAUCGCAUGCUCGGUGCUGAGGUUGCUCCAGCGCCGUCUCGCGACUGGGAGCUCGGCCACUCCAGGAUCGACCUUUCACCUGUCGGAAAGCUUCUGUUCCGUACUGACGACGACAACGUGUACCUCCAUCAAAUGCAUCAGGAUCAAGUCGUAGCGCCGCCAUCUCCAGAGUCUUCUAAAGGAUUGCUGAAGCCUGGCACAAAGGUGGAUAUUUGGGGGCAUAGCAGCCACACCAAGGUGCAAGGUAUUUACAUUCAAGGGCGGCUAUUUACAACACAAGCACACUUGGCUUUCGACGAAGACAUGGUCAAGAGGCAGAUCCAGAUGAGAGUCGAGAGCGGUGGUAUCCAGGACUUGGAGCAUGCAGACCGAGCUGCGGAAACGGCUCAUCUGGAACAUGAUGGGGACUUGGUUGCUGCUGCGAUUUUGAGAUUCUUCCAUGGUGAUGAUGAUAGCAUUGAAUAA